CUACACAGAUAUUCCCCCUUUUCUUCCUCUAGGGUUUCUCUCUCGAAAACAGAAAAUGGCGGACGAAGCACAGUACACUUCAGGUCUCGAUGUCAGCAGCAACAAGCGUAAAUACGAUGACGAAGCACCGCUGCCUUCCGGAGUUAGGAGGCCUACUGGUUUCUCCUCCCCAGAUUCGGCCCCUCCUUCCUACAACAGCGUUCCGCCACCGCUCGACGGCAUCGAGAUGGCCAAGCAGCGAGCUCAGGAGAUUGCUGCUCGCCUCACUGCCUCCGUCGCUUGUGCUGCCGCUGAGACGAAGCGCCCUCGUAUUGAAAAUGGCUCUGGCGGUGGCUUUGAUUACGAGAAGGGAUUUAGUUCUGCUCCCUCUGAUAUAAAGCCUCUGUCGAACUCCGCCCCUUCAGCUAUACCUGUUUCUUAUGGUAGCUACCACGGUAGUAGCAAAAAGAUUGACAUUCCUCAAAAUAGGGUUGGUGUUAUAAUUGGGAAAGCUGGAGAAACCAUUAAAUAUCUUCAACUACAAUCUGGGGCAAAGAUUCAGGUCCAAAGAGAUUUGGAUGCAGACCCUAAUUCCAUGAAUAGGCCUGUAGAGCUUGUGGGUACUGCUGAACAAAUAUCCAAGGCAGAGCAGUUGAUAAAUGAUGUUCUAGUUGAGGCUGAAGCAGGGGGUUCUGGCAUGGUUUCUCGUCGAAUGACAGGACAGGCUGGAAGUGAACAUUUUGAAAUGAAGAUUCCAUGUAACAAGGUUGGUCUGGUGAUUGGUAAAGGUGGUGAAACAAUUAAAAGUAUGCAAGCUAGAACUGGAGCUCGCAUUCAGGUGAUACCAUUGCAUUUGCCCCCAGGCGAUACAUCAACAGAAAGGACAUUACACAUAGAUGGAACAAGUGAACAGAUUAAACAUGCAAGAGAAUUGGUUGAUGAGGUCACAAGUGAGAACCGUAUGAGAAAUCAAACAAUGGCUGGAGGAUAUCCACAGCAAGGUGGCUAUGAGGCACGACCACCCUCAAGCUGGGGCCAAGGGGCUCCUCCAAUGCAGCAACCUGGUUAUGGUUAUAUGCAGCCUGGGGCUUAUCCUGGCCAAUCACCACAAUGCAACAUGUCACAGCCUCCUUAUGGGGGCUAUCCUUCCCAACCAUCAUCUGGUGGAUAUGCCUCUGGUUGGGACCAGUCAUCUGUACCACCAAACCAGCAAAGUUCUGGUGCAAGUGGCUAUGAUUACUAUAACCAACAGCCAUCUUCACAGCAGCAGCAAAACCCCGGUGAUUCAGCAACUCCGGCCAAUAACAGUGGCUACAAUUACGGUCAACCUCCUGCUUCUAACUAUAUGCAACCAGGACAAGGAUAUUCUCAGGGUGGCUAUGGUGGCUACCAUGGGGCCCCACAAUCAGGUUAUGGGCAGCCAUCAUCAUAUGAUCAACAAGGUUAUGGUCAUGCACCAAGCUAUGCUAAUGCAAAUCCUGUACAAGGGGAUUCAGGCCAGGCGCCUACAUCUACCCAACCAUCUGCAGUGGGCCAACAAGGAGGUACUCAAUCUGGUUACGGGAUGCCCCCAACUUCCCAGACUAGCUAUGGGAACCAACUACAAGCUCAGUCUGGUUAUGGAACUGGAUAUGGCCCACCACAAGCACAGAAACCUUUAACCAAUCCCCCCGUGUAUGGGCAGGCUCAACAGUCGCCUAGCACUCCCGGAAGUUAUGGCCAGCCAGGAUAUCACUCACAGCCACCCUCUUCUGGUUAUGGUCAACCAUCAAGCUAUGGUGCCCCAUAUGCUCAGCCUGGAUAUGGAGCCCCAUCCUAUGGGGCAGCGGCAGCCAACCAGCCUGGUUAUGGAGCACCUUAUAACACCUCUUAUGGUGGCAGUUACUCGCAGCCUUCAACAUAUCCUGCUGAUGAGAAUGCAAGCGGGGGCAGUCAUGGUACUUACGAAGCAGCCCCAGCAACUAAAACUGGUGAACAAGGUGGAACUGCCAAGGCAUCGCCCCAAAGUUGAUUUGGGUUGGAGGUGAGUUUGUUGAAUGCAACUUUAUAAUUUUAGAUAUGAUACUUGAUGUUAAAUGGUUUAUUAUAUUGCAGUUAAAUCAAAGCUAGUUUUUGCAGUGGUUUUAGGACAAUGUUAA